UUGAUUUUCUUUCUGCUUUUCGGUGCAAAUCGUGCAAAUUUCAUUAUUGACAUGAAAAAUAGUUAUUUAUAUUUCAAGUAGAAGACACAAAUUAAAAAAAAAAACAAGAAUAAAAAAUGUCUUUAACGAAACUUUUUUCGAGGUUAAACCUCUCAAUGAAAAUUAACAAUUUGCCUAGUCUUGUAGUUCAAACAGCAGGCCUGAAGGUUUACCCGCUUCCGCCAAAAUUUGAUAUUGAAUAUCCUGAAAGAAGAAAACUAAGAAUUUAUGAAAAGGUACCUCAAUACCCACCCACCUUGAGGGCUUUUAAAAUGCAAAAAAGAUUACGAUACAUGAGAGGUGAAGAGCAAACUCACAAUUUUUUGUUGCACAAGCAGUUCGGUGUUGUGGCACAAAUGGGGGGGCGAUUGAAACACGGUCAUUUUGAGAUGAUGCGUUUUGUUGUGGCGCGAAAGUUGCCAGAAACAUGUUUUGCAAUUUAUCGAGUAGAUCCUCCCUGGCAACCAAUAUCCAAAAAGGCUCAAGGAAUGGGAAUGGGUGGAGGAAAAGGUGCGAUCGAUCAUUACGUGACACCCAUCAAAGCAGGCCGUGUAAUCAUGGAGGUUGGAGGUCCCGUUGAAUACAAAGAGGUGAAAACACAGCUGGAGGAAAUCGCCCACAAAUUGCCUUUCAAGGCAAUAGCAGUGUCUUAUGAAUCGAUGCAGGCAAUGGCAGAAAAGGAAAAAAGGAUGGAGGCUGAAAACCAGAAUCCUUGGACUCUAAAGUAUAUUAUUCAAAAUAAUUUAGGUGGUUGUGCUAAUUGGAUAUCUCCCGUCGAUAGAAAGUGGUUUGGAAAACAUCGUUAAAACUACACGUUAUUUGUAAAUAUUUCUGGAAUUAAUAAACGAUUCUUUACACGUUUUAAA